CCCGUCAAGGGUGGGCUUAGGCGAUGGCGACGGGGAUGACGAUGAGCGACGCCACUCUUCUACGCCGCCUCUCCACCUUGCUGGUGGCGCGAUCUGGUUGUCCCAGGAGGAUGCGCUUAUUUUCGUCGUACAUCGUGCGUGGUGCCACCUUCGAACCUCCGGACGUAUCCCACCUCGCCGACUCCGCUCGGAUCUCGCUUGCUCCGGGAGAGGUGGAAGACUUUGGCCCCAAAAUUAGGCAAGUAAUCGACUGGUUUGGACAACUUCAGGCUGUAGAUUUGGAGAGUGUUGAACCUUCAGUUCGAGCUGAUGCCGAAGUUAGUAUGCAUAAACGAGAGGAUACGCCAGAAACAUUUGAGAAUAGGGAGGCAAUUAUUAGAGUGGCGCCAAGCUACGAUGAUCCAUAUAUAAAAGUGCCAAAAGUCUUGAGCAAGGAAUGAGAUUUCUCUACUUAGAUAUAUGAAGCAAUUAUUCCUGUUUCAAGGUAAAAGUGUAUUGUUGGACUUUCAACGUGAAACAUUGGUCUCCCAAACAAUUGGACUCUCGACGAGACCAUACGUGAAAGGUUUUAGCUUUCUUUAGUUUUUGAUAUGCUAAAUAAUAUUUAAUAUUGUAUAAAUCUUAUUUAAUAUCGUAUUAGAAUUUCGUAAAUUCAAAUUUGAACA